GGUGACCGCGGUAGCGUGCCGUUGACGCGCCUCCAUGCUAGCCAAUGAGGAAGUGCUAGUUUGCCUCAAGUUUUCACCGUAGUUUGACUAACGUGACGCCUUGUUCUAAAUAAACUUCUAAUGUUACAAAGAGGCAAGGUUCUGCGUUCGGGUGCAGCUCGCUGGCCAGCUUGGGUGAACUGGAUCCAGUUCACAGCUCGGCGCAUCCUGCUAGCUUAGCGGCUACAGCUAGCAAGGCGCACGGCAGAGAAGUGAAGCGGCCAGGUGAGGACAAGUAUCAUCAGCCAUGGCGGGUGGAAUCACAGAGACAGGGGAGCCCUACUCUCCAUUUGUGGGGCUGGUGUACAUGUUCAACCUGAUAGUGGGAACAGGAGCGCUCACCAUGCCCAAAGCCUUUGCCACAGCCGGCUGGGUGGUCAGCUUGUCGCUCAUCUCCUUCCUGGGAUUCAUGAGCUACAUGACCACCACCUUCGUGAUCGAGGCCAUGGCGGCAGCGAAUGCUCAGCUGCGCUGGAAGAGGAGGGAGCAGGACGAGAUCAAUGACAACGACUCCACCUCCGACUACUCUGAUGAUGACAUCACAGCAAGGGGGCUGUCCGAACCGGAGACAAAGCCCAUCCUGUCUGUUCAGCGGUUGGGAGGUCACGUGGACCAUUUUGACAUAGCUGAGCGCGUGGAGAUGGGUCAGAUGGCCUCCAUGUUCUUCAACAAAGUCGGCGUCAACAUGUUCUACAUCUGCAUCAUCGUCUACUUGUACGGAGACCUGGCCAUCUACGCCGCAGCUGUGCCCAUCUCCCUGAUGGAGGUGGCCUGUGGAAACCACUCGUGCAGCGCUGGAGGUGUGAAGUACAACGACACAGAUCCAUGCUGGGGCUCCGUCAGCAGGAAAGACGCCUACAGGGUGUUUCUGAGCGUCUUCACUGUUCUGUUGGGACCGUUCACCUUCUUCAAUGCUCAGAAGACCAAAUAUCUUCAGAUCCUCACCUCACUCAUGCGAUGGAUUGCAUUCACCAUGAUGAUCAUCUUGGCGCUGAUCCGCAUCGGCAAAGGCGCCGGCGAGGGACGACCGCCCGUCGCCUCCCUCUCGGGCGUGCCCAACCUGUUUGGCGUGUGCGUGUACUCCUUCAUGUGCCAGCACUCGCUGCCCUCGCUGAUCACACCGAUCUCGGACAAGAAGCGUGUGGGCGUGCUGGUGCUGGCUGACUACGUGCUCAUCCUGGGCUUCUACGUGCUGCUGUCCUUCACCGCCAUCUUCUGCUUCGACAGCUCACUGCUGCACGACAUGUACACGCUCAACUUCACUGACAACUGCAACGUGCUGGACGUUCCUUUCCUGCGCUACUUCCUGGGCCUCUUCCCCGUCUUCACCAUCAGCACCAACUUCCCCAUCAUCGCCGUCACGCUGCGAAACAACUGGAAGACGCUGUUCCACCGUGACGGCGGCACCUACCCGUGGGUGGUGGACCGCGUGGUCUUCCCGCUCAUCACCCUGGUGCCCCCCAUCGUGGUGGCCUUCUGCACCCACAACCUGGAGUCCCUGGUGGGCAUCACAGGAGCCUACGCCGGCACGGGCAUCCAGUACAUUGUGCCGGCGCUCCUGGUUUACUACGCCCGGCGCCACGUGGAGCCCGUCAUGGGCCGCGACGCCAUCAACAAGCACGGCUCGCCCUUCCGCCACGCCGUGUGGGUGUGGUUCGUGGUGCUGUGGGCCACCUUCUGCCUCAUGUUUGUCACGGCCAACAUCAUCCUGACCGACGCCAAGAAAUGAGAAUGGACAUCCCCCAGGGGGCACAGCGUGCCUUGUAAGGGACGGAAAGACUCCGCCUUUAUCCACAAGCGAGCAAGCAUGGAGUGAAAUCGUUUUUAAAAGCUGCUGCAAUGAAGGGAAGUCUUGAACACGUUUAAAGACGUCAAACCUGGAAAGUUCUAAACUUGAAAGUGACCACAGCUUCUCCCAGGAUGCAGGAAGUCGCACCGUCAUGUUUGUGCUCUUGUCUGCAGGAUCGUUGCACCUUACCUUUUAUUUCUUUAAGCCCAAAUCCCACAAAGAAGCCACAGGUUUGUGACCGCCUUUAUUCCACCUGUGUUCCACCUUUAUUCCACUCGAUUCUUUACUGACUUUUUUUCCCCUCCUGUCAAUAUCAGGGAAGGAGAACGAUUGACAUCUUUUAUUUAAUGAAAGUUUACAAUGACGUAACCCAGCAACCAGCCCGGCCGUGGUUGCCCUGGCAACAGUUGACCUGCCGAAAGAUACUUUGUUCGUUGAAGACGUCAGGACUGAAGACGUCCAAACAAUGCGUUCAAUGAAGAAGAAGACUCUGAUUGGACGUUUCUAAACGUGCCUUUUGAUCGGAUCGUUAUGUUUUCAUCAAGCUGACAAUCCCGACCAAUCAUCGCCCUUCUUUGUAUCAUGUGACUUGAUCCUUUUACUCAAAGCUUUGCUGCUUUAAUUGAUGUUUUUUUUUAAUGAAAGUUCCCCAAAAAAAGUUUAUUAAAGUGAAUAUUCAGCUCAAACUUUGUUAUUCUUGUUUGUUUUUUGUUACCAUGGCAACACGU